AUGCAGCGAUUUUUGGGUCUAGUGCCUGACCAGAGAGAGUUGACAUUGCAAGCACUUUCAUGGAUCACAUGUUCCCAGAGACCGCUUAGUGCAGUAGAGCCUCAGCAUGCAUUUACUGUGGAGAUAGGAGAGACUUCGUUCGACCCAGACAACAUGCCUGACAUUGAAGAUAUGGUCUCUGUGUGUGCUAGUCUAGUGAUGAUAGAUGAAUAG